AGACUGUUUUUUGGUCCGAGGGAAAGGAGGAAGAAGGAGAUUGUGAUGGAGAAAGGGGGUCUGUAAAACGUCAGGCACCGCACAAAGGCUUUGCCACGUAAUUACAGGCUCCUAUUAAGUCGAGAUCUGCCCUCCCAGGGGUCUCCAAUUUUCUUGUAUUCCCUACAAAGCCUCCUCUGCAUGCCAGUUUGUGCCUUUUGAAGUGCCAGAGAGCUUCUUGAUCCAACUGAGAAGGAAAAAGGAGCUCAGCAAGAAGAGGGGGAGAGCGAGAAGGGAAAGGGGGGAAACCCACCACCACCCUCCUUCGGACUCUUGAAGCCCUUUUUUUUUCCUUCUUACGAAAAGUAAAGUGAGAAUCCUGCUCUCCAAUACAUCUGCAAGACAUCACCCUCUCCUCCUGAAACUUUAGUCACUCCUGAGAAUCCACAGGAGUGCAGAGAGGGGGAACACGUUUUCUUGAAGAUGUUUUAAAGCUGGAACAAGCCUUCUUCUGUUGGUGCUUGAACUCUUGCCUGGGAAUAACUUUUUUAACCUUGAAAAAAAAAAAACACUUUGAUUCUUCUCUCCCACCCCUUCUUCUCUCUUCUUCUGUUUGCCUAACUCCCCCGCCCUGCUGGCCUCCCCUUUCCUUUCUCCCCCUUAUUAUUAUUUUUAGUGUGUGCGUGUGGACGCUUUUGGAGAGCUGGAAGGAAUUUUUUUUUUUUUUUUUUUUUUGCUCCUGACUUGAACAUAGGGUGACUUUUUAAUUUUAUUUUUUGGUGUGGAUUAUCUCCUUGGACUGCGCCGGACUUGGCCUCAGGAAAGCAACCGAGGCUUUCGAAGGCUGUUGGUGCAGAACGCUCUGCUCUGCAGAAGGGGGUCCCCCGCCCUCUUUCCAAUUUUUUUUUUGUCCUUCCCCUCCUUCUCUCUCUCUCUCUCUCUGUCUCCCUCUCUCUCUCUCUCUCUCUCCACUCCCCCCUCUCUCUUCCCCACUCGGCUCCUCUCCCCCCUCGCGCCCACAGCGUUUGGUGUUGAUUCGAGCGGGAAGAGGGGGGUGGGUGGGAUCGGAGGGGGAGACCAUGACCUCCAGCUACGGGCACGUUCUGGAGCGGCAACCGGCGCUGGGCGGCCGCUUGGACAGCCCGGGCAACCUCGACACCCUGCAGGCGAAAAAGAACUUCUCCGUCAGUCACCUGCUAGACCUGGAGGAAGCCGGGGACAUGGUGGCGGCGCAGGCGGACGAGAGCGUGGGCGAGGCCGGCCGAAGCCUACUGGAGUCGCCGGGACUCACCAGCGGCAGCGACACCCCACAGCAGGACAAUGAUCAGCUGAACUCCGAGGAAAAGAAAAAGAGAAAGCAGCGGAGGAACAGGACGACGUUCAACAGCAGCCAGCUGCAGGCUCUGGAGCGCGUCUUUGAGCGGACACACUACCCAGACGCCUUCGUGCGAGAGGACCUCGCCCGCCGGGUGAACCUCACCGAGGCCAGAGUGCAGGUGUGGUUUCAGAACCGAAGAGCCAAAUUCCGCAGGAAUGAGAGAGCCAUGCUGGCCAAUAAAAACGCUUCCCUCCUCAAAUCCUACUCAGGGGACGUGACUGCUGUGGAGCAGCCCAUCGUACCUCGUCCUGCUCCACGACCCACCGAUUAUCUCUCCUGGGGGACAGCCUCUCCGUACAGAUCCUCGUCCCUCCCAAGAUGUUGUUUACACGAGGGGCUUCAUAACGGAUUCUAACGGAAGACACUGAAAAGCGCCAUGGCUACUUACUCUGCCACAUGUGCCAACAAUAGCCCUGCACAGGGCAUCAACAUGGCCAACAGCAUUGCCAACCUGAGACUGAAGGCCAAGGAAUAUAGUUUACAGAGGAACCAGGUGCCAACAGUCAACUGAGGAAAAAAAAAUAAUUAAACAGGCCUAAGAAGAAAUCAAAAACCAUAAGACACCUAUCCUGCUCUGUCAUUUCUUCAUCUGCUGG